GUCUCGUGAAACCCUCAGAUCGCACAACAUGGAAUUUCAAAAGGGCGAACGCGUCUUUCUGAACUUUGAGACUGGAGGUGUCGAGAAGACUGACCAGGAAACUCAGCCCGAGCCUUCAGCAUUGCCCGCAUUCGAUUUCGUCGGCGACAUUCUCGAGCGCGACCUGUCUGCAGCUGCUCCACCCGUGGCGCCCUCGUUGAAAUCAAAUACAACGGGUUUCCCAGCACACAAGAAACGUACACCACGAGUUUCUGCCUUCAAACAACGGCGUGCAGCAAACGAGCAACAACCUACCACCGCACCGAAAGCGCAAGAUGUUUCGAGUCUACACAGCGCGCCCCCACCGCGCGCAAGGUUCGAUCCCGACGAUGAGAGACGUGCGAUAGACGAGGAGAACCAGGCAAGAUUAGACGCUAUGUCUGAGGAAGAAAUCGAGGAGGAACGGAGAGAGCUCAUGGCAAACCUCGACCCUGCCCUUAUACAGAGAUUGCUGAAUCGGCCCAGUAACGGCGCUGAACGCAACCAGCAGUCGCACCCGCUAGUGAAGGAGCCUGAAGAACCAGUAGACACACAGCAAUCUGAUGUGGAGUCAGCGAUUCAACGACGGUUGUUUGAGUCAAACAUAGACGAUGGGAGCAACGAGCAGCAGCAAUGGCCGGAAGACAAGCUCGAGGCCUCGCAGCCCGUGACAUUCGAGCAAGACACAAAGAGAGAGCCUACAUCAAAAGCCCCAAGCUCAAAGAAAGUAGCUUUCGCAGAGCAGGUAGACGAAGAAGUCGCGACACCACGAGCAGAAGCUACCCCGACCGAGCCAACACAUACACACGGAGAAGAAGCCGCCGGCUCGUUACACUUCGCACCCACACCACAACCGCCCGACCUCGAUCCAAACGAUCCCAAUUUCCUCGAGAACCUACACACGAAAUACUUCCCGUCCUUACCCUACAACCCAUCGACCGUCGAGUGGAUGAAACCCGUCGACCCCACAGACAAGUCCUCUCCGUACCACCCUUCACAAAACGCUCUGAAUGCGUCAGAGCUGCGCUUCGACUUCAAAGGCACGUUGCUCGCGCCGAGUGUCGCGCGCGAACUCCCCACUAACCAGGGUCUGCACCAUCACGCCGACGCGCCUGAGGCCGCAGGCUACACCAUCCCCGAGCUCGCAGUCACCGCACGCAGCGCCGUAGCGGCACAACGGUGCGUAGCUUACCAGACACUGGGCCGCAUACUGUACAGGCUGGGACAGGGCGAGUUCGGCGUGGAGCAGCCGAAGCAGGAGACCGACGGUCCCGUCAAGAUCGCGAAAAACCCUGAUAUGGAAGAGGAGGAGAUAGCAGAGGAUGACGAUGUGGGUCACUAUAUGGCGGUGGGGCUGUGGAAGUGCAUUGAAGAUGGAAGGGUGAUUGAGACAUUGACUGAGGAGGCGGGGAGGGAGAAGGGUCAUCUUACUGCAAGGACGUUUGCGCAGGAGGCGCUGUGGAAUUGGAGGAGGGGUGGGGGGCGGAAGAGGCAUGCUGUAUAGAUCAGCGUGGUACGCCAUGGAUAAUGAAUAUGACAUCUGAGUCCUGCGGAGGACCGCGUGGCACUUGUCCGUUAUUCGAGGAUGAACCUGUAUUCGCGCCAUGUUUGCUGUCUGCGUGAUCUUUGAUUUGACAAUAAAAUAGGAUAGGUAUCCGGAACGCCCGGCCAUGUGUGAACCAGGGCAAUACGGCAAUACGGGCAAUACGCAAUGUGCGAGGAUCUCGUAUACCUUUGCAUCGUGAC